CGCGCGAUCCAGAGGCGAACGGCGCCGCAACGACCGCAUUUCCGGCACCCCUCUCCUACGACGGCGGCACUAUCGCCGGCAACAAGCCAAUGAUGGCCAGAGCUGCACUGCUCCCUGUUGCGUUGCUGCUGUGCCUUGCACUGGCCGGCAACGCCGAUGCCAGAAGGAAGGCCGGUGGUGGUUUCUACGAGCUCAAGAACAGGAAUGGGGAUUUCUCCAUAAAGGUCACCAACCAGGGAGCUGCCAUUGUGUCUGCAAUUGUCCCUGAUGGCAAAGGGAACUUGUCUGAUAUUGUUCUUGGGUACGACACCGUUGCUGAAUAUGCUAGUGGAUCUGCGUCAUUCGGAGCGACGGUUGGGCGCGUAGCCAACAGAAUUGCGAACGCGCAGUUCGUGCUAGAUGGGAAAACCUAUCAUCUCAUCCCUAAUGAUGGAAACAAUACGCUUCAUGGAGGACCCAGGAACUUCGGCAAGGUCAUUUGGACGGUGAAGGAGCAUGUACACGAUGGUGACUCCCCAUACAUCACCUUCUACUACCACAGCUUCGACGGAGAGCAAGGAUUCCCAGGCGACCUGGACGUGUACGUGAAGUACCAGCUCUCCCGCCCAUACGACCUGAGCAUCCGCAUGAACGUGACGGCCAGGAACAAGGCGACGCCGGUGAAUCUGGCAAACCACGUGUACUGGAACCUCGCCGGCCACGGCAGCGGCAACGUCCUCAAGCACAAGCUCCAGGUGCUCGCAUCCAAGUACACACCCGUGGACGGGUCCAUGAUACCGACAGGCCAGGUGGUGCCUGUGGCCGGCACGAAGUACGACUUCCGCAAGCCGACGGCCGUGGGCACGCACCUGGAGAUCUUCCGGGGAGGCGGCAAUGGGUACGACAUCAACUACGCCGUGAACGGGAAGCAGAACGCGAUGCGGAAGGUGGCGCGCGUCCAGGAGCCAAAGUCCGGGCGGGCGUUCGAGCUGUGGGCGAACCAACCCGGCGUGCAGUUCUACACCGCCGGCGGGCUCGCGAACGAGAAGGGGAAAGACGGCAAGGUGUACAGGAAGUACGGCGCGCUGUGCCUGGAGACGCAGGCGUACCCUGACGCCGUGAACCACCCCGAGUUCCCGUCGUCGAUCGUCAGGCCCGGCCAUGUGUACAAGCACGACAUGGUCUUCAGGUUCUCUAGCCAGGCGAGCUACUCCGACGCGUAACUGAAUUUGUUCCGUCGUGUGUUGUGGCCUGUGCUGUAACAUAUCGCUAGCUUUGUAAUAAAAUGCGGCAUUGGGACCGGAGGUUAAUCGCUGUCAUUCGAAGG